AGCCAGUGUGACUGAAUCCCUUACUCGCCCAUAAUGCGGGCACCCCUGAGUCCCUCUGUCUCUAGGGAGAGGAGCUAGGUCUGGCAGCCACGAUUUCUUGGUAGCCCCAGCCAAGGGCAUUAGUAUUAACAGCGUGAGAGGAGAGGACGAGGGGGUCCCGAGAAGACCUCUCCUAAUCCAUCCGAUCGCUUACUGCCUGUGAGCGCACGUUGUACGGGGAGGGACAAUAAGUUUAAAGAAAAAAAUCACGGACAAAUCUAUGGUGGGAAUCCGGCUAUUUUUCCCUUCGCCAAUGCAAAAGGAAAUAUGCAGCGAAGCUUCACCCUGCUCUGCACCAGUGUCCUGGGGGUGUGCUUAAGUACAAGUUUCCCAAGUAAUAUCAACAUAGGGGGCUUGUUCCCCACCGGUUCACACGAAUAUGAGGUGUUCCGAUUUGCGCUCUCCCACCACCAGGAGAUUCCUAAACUGGUACCCCAAGUGGAUAUGGUCAAUAUCAGUGAUAGCUUUGCAAUGACAUAUGCUUUCUGCUCGCAGUUCUCCAAGGGCGUGUACGCCAUCAUCGGCCUGUAUGACAGGAAGACGGUGAACAUGCUGAUGUCCUUCUGCGGGGCACUGCAUGUCUGCUUUGUCACGCCCAGCUUCCCCAUCGAGACGUCCAACCAGUUCGUGAUCCAGCUACGGCCCGAGCUGCAGGACGCCCUGGUCAGCCUCAUCGAGCACUACAAGUGGACCAAGUUCGUCUACAUGUACAGCUCAGACUCGGGACUCACGGUCAUGCAGAAAGUUCUGGACACAGCGGCGGAGAGGAACUGGCUGGUGACCUCGGUGAACCUGGAGACCAUGACGGAGGCGGCCUUCAUGAAGGUCUUCCAGGACCUGGACAAGAAGAAAGAGGGCCAGAUCGUCAUCGACUGUGAGGUGGAGAGAUUGCUGGCCAUUCUGAAGCUGAUCGCGUCCCAGGGGAAGAACGUGAAGAGCUAUCAUUACAUCCUUGCCAACCUGGGAUUCAUGGAUAUCGACCUGACCGAGUUCAGGAACGGCGGCGCCAACGUGACAGGCUUCCAGCUGGUGAAUGACACGGAUCCGACAGUCAGCAGGAUCUCCCAGCAGUGGCUGGAGUUUGACAACAAGGACGCCAAAAACAUCAAGAAGAGACUCAAGUACACCGGGGCCCUCACUUAUGAUGGGGUCAGCGUGAUGUCCACCGCCUUCCAGAACCUCCGCAGGCAACGCAUCGACAUCUCACGGAGAGGGAAUGCCGGGGACUGUUUGGCCAACCCCCCCGCGCCGUGGGGUCAGGGAAUCGACAUCCAACGGGCUCUGCAGCAGGUCCGGAUAGAUGGUUUGACCGGACACAUUCAGUUCAACGAGAAAGGACGCCGGACAAACUACACCGUCAGUGUGAUGGAACUCAAGCCAGCGGGACCCAAAAAAGUGGGCUACUGGAAUGAAGAUGAGAAGUUUGUGAGCACAGCAACAUACAUGCUCGGAGGGAAUGAAACCUACGGCCUGCAGAACAGGACCUACAUAGUCACUACCAUCCUCGAGUCUCCUUAUGUGAUGUUGAAGAAGAACCACGAGCAGCUGGUUGGAAACGACAAAUACGAGGGCUACUGCGUGGAGCUAGCUGCAGAGAUCGCCAAGCAUGUCGGCUACAGCUACAAGCUGGAGAUCGUGGCCGACGGGAAGUACGGUGCCAGAGAUCCUGAUUCCAAGAUGUGGAAUGGCAUGGUGGGAGAGCUGGUCUACGGCAAAGCCGACGUGGCGGUCGCCCCGCUCACCAUAACGCUGGUGAGGGAGGAGGUCAUCGACUUCUCCAAACCCUUCAUGAGCUUGGGAAUCUCCAUCAUGAUCAAGAAGCCAACAAAGUCCAAGCCGGGCGUCUUCUCCUUCCUGGACCCACUGGCCUACGAGAUCUGGAUGUGCAUCGUCUUCGCCUACAUCGGCGUCAGCGUGGUGCUCUUCCUGGUCAGCCGCUUCAGCCCCUACGAGUGGCACGCCGAGGACUUCGAGGAAGGACAGGACCAGCAGCAGAACCAGCAGAACCAGGCUUCUUCUUCCGGCCAGCAGGGCCAGAACCAGACACCACAGAAUCAGCAGCAGCAGCAGGAGCAGACUAACGAAUUCGGGAUUUUCAACAGUCUCUGGUUCUCCCUUGGUGCCUUUAUGCAGCAGGGGUGUGACAUCUCGCCUAGGUCUCUCUCCGGCCGCAUCGUGGGCGGUGUCUGGUGGUUUUUCACCCUCAUCAUCAUCUCCUCCUACACGGCCAACCUGGCGGCCUUCCUCACCGUUGAGAGGAUGGUGUCGCCCAUCGAGAGUGCCGAGGACCUGGCCAAGCAGACGGAGAUCGCCUAUGGAACCCUCGAUGCAGGUUCCACCAAAGAGUUCUUCCGGAGGUCAAAGAUCGCUGUUUUUGAGAAGAUGUGGUCCUACAUGAAGUCAGCAGACCCGUCUGUGUUUGUCAAGACGACGGACGAGGGUGUGCUCCGCGUGAGGAAGUCGAAGGGCAAGUACGCCUACCUGCUGGAAUCCACCAUGAACGAGUACAUAGAGCAACGGAAGCCAUGUGACACCAUGAAGGUGGGAGGUAACCUGGACUCCAAGGGCUACGGAAUCGCCACCCCGAAAGGGUCCCAUCUAAGAAACCCAGUAAACCUGGCAGUGUUAAAACUGAACGAGCAAGGCCUCUUGGACAAAUUGAAAAACAAAUGGUGGUAUGACAAGGGAGAAUGCGGCAGCGGGGGAGGUGAUUCCAAGGACAAGACCAGCGCUCUGAGCCUCAGUAAUGUGGCUGGGGUCUUCUACAUCCUGAUCGGUGGGCUGGGGUUGGCCAUGCUGGUGGCCCUGGUUGAGUUCUGUUACAAGUCCAGAACCGAGUCCAGGAGAAUGAAGCAAUCCAUCAACGACGCCAUGCACAGUUCCACCUUGACGAGGAUGAGCGGCAAUGGGAGCGGCGGCGAGAACGGGCGGAUAGUGACGCACGACUUUCCCAAAGCGAUGCAGACUCUGCCCUGCAUGAGCCACGCAGCCGGCAUGGGGCUGGGCGCCUCGGGCAUCUGAUGGGGUGCCCGCGGGAAAACGCCCAGCCGCCCGCUGCAGACACACUGCCAAAAGGACUCACAGACUGCUCCUUACAGACUGCGUGGGAUUAAAGAGAGAAACAUUUUCUAAGGAAAAAUCAUUUGUAGAAAAAGAAAAAAGAGAACGACCACGCGCUGCAAUAACUACGCCUCUGGACUUUUUACGUAAAGUGUACAUUUCUGUGAGAUUCAAAAAAACGAAAAAUACAUUAUAAAGUGACACUUCCGCUGUGCCAGUUAUCUAGACCGGUUUACUUCAGUCGAUUUGUGCAAUAUUUGGUUAUUAUCAGUAAUGUCGUUUGCCUUAUGUUUUUUCUGUAAAAUGAUUGAAUUAAAAUGGUAAUUUUUGCACAACAGGACUAGUGAUCCCUAAUGGUAUAAAGGUGAGCAGCUCAUCUCAAGCUCCAGUCUCACACCGCUGUCAUCUGCAAGCCACGGCGCGCGCACAGUGCUCUGCAGUGGAAGCUGUCUGCCAGUGGACAUCUUGCUCCUUUGUGUCCAUAUAAACUGAAAGAUAAUUCUUCUUUAAAUCGGCCCACAGUUAGCCAAGCUGGCUGUAAUUCAGACUAAAGCUGUGUUCAGUCUGUAUGUUUCAUUCGUAAAGUGUUAUAAGGAACAUAUAGACAGGCUCCUUUAAAUUAAUUCUGCAUCUACAAGGCUGCUAUAUCUUCCAUUGACUUGGGAUACCUCAUUAUGUUUUUAAUAUGACGAUUCUUUCAUGUUAAUUCUCUGAGUAAGAAUUAAAUCAGCUCUAUUGUGGAAUACCAUAUACAGUGAAGCUGAGAUCAUACAUUUUUUUGUGAAAAUUCCUGUGCUAGUACUGUGUGCAGAUAUUUGCAGUGUGGAGACCUUUGCAGUGAAAGACAUUCUCAUCAGGCUGGCCUUUUAUAAUAGCUCAUGUCAUGCUUUUUUUUCUUGUUGUGGGGGUAUGUAUGUUCUCAUUUGCUACCAGGUCUAUCUGAACGUAAUCUGCUUAGGAGACCAAGGGCUUCUGAAAAAAUGAAAAUAUUUAUUAGCCACAAAGUGAUCAGCAAAACCAAAAUGCACUACCCCCAAUUCUGUAUUUAAAUUAGCCUGGAGAUGUUUCACUUGUUUUAUACUAUUUUAAGCUACCAAUCUGUACAUGGUAAUAUAUUCGGGAUUUAAGUCGGCCUUUAUAUGUUCAGUUGCUAUGUGUUUGAGUCAUGAGUCAGAAACUGCGGAAUGCUUUGCCAUGUCAAUAUACCAUUCAAAAUUUGAAUUAGAUUAAAGGAGAUGGAAUAAUAUUUAUGCCUCAAAAUGCUAAUAGCUUGGCAUUCACUUGGAAUCGAGCUCUCAUAUUGCAGUUUUGCUUUGAAUGAUCUGUUUUCUGAGGGCAGGCUGAUAGUGAUGAUGUGUGACCAUUAUUAGAUCCAUAAAGGACGUGAGAUCUUCAUACCCUGCCUUAGUCCACCUGCUGAAGAACGUCGUCCUCUGUGGUGACAGUUCAUAUGCUAGACAACAGUUGAGUACUUGUGUCCAGUUUGUUUGCAGUUUAUUAACAGAUGUGCGUAGACUGAAUUUUCCUUUAUGAUACCAUAUUACACAUGGAGGAGAGGAAUCUGCAGUGUUAUUUACUGUGCAAGUUUUUUUUUCAGUAUGAAAUAUUUACUAUAUUUGUGAUAUAGAAGGUGUUUUUUAUGUUUAAAAUGAAUUCCACACAAAAACAUGCGCUAGAUAUGUUUUUAUUUUAUUCUGUACUGUCCUGAUAUUCUGACAAACGGCAUGUGAAUUCCCACAGUAGGCUGUAGUUUUGAAAUCAUAUGCAUUACGUCGCAUAUGUUAUGAUCAUACUUGCAGCGGAAGUUUGUUUGACUGUUUGGGGAGCAAAUCAGUCACCACUGGCUGAUAUAAAUUUGGGCAUAAAAUCUUAAAAUGAUCACCUUCUUUCAAAUGCUGUCCUUCCAGCAGCGCACUGUGCAGCUUUCACCAUUCCCUGAAAUCAUUUGUCCAAAGAUGACGGUCGUCUCCUGUGUCUUACAGAAUUCGUCUAUUUCCGGCACGGCACAAAAAUGACAGAAGUCCUCAUUCAUGCCAUAUAAGAAGACAUUUUUACCUUAACGAAUUUGUAAAAGAACAAAAACAUUUGUAUUAGAACGUAAAGCUGCUAAGAACGUUUUACACAAUGAUGUGUUUGAUGAACUGAUGUCAAAGUGUAUAAAUUUUGCUUUAACAUCCAUCCAUCCAUCCAUUCAUCCUGGGAGGGUCGCAGCCUGGAUGGGUUGCCAGUCCAUCACAGUCACUUUGACAUUUUAGGUUGGAUUUCUGUUAAGUCUCAUUGACACUGUAGUAUUGAAAAAGACAUUUGCUAAGUAUGGCUUUCUGAUAUUUUCCCUCUAACAAUUUUAUGUCGUAACUUUAUUUCUCUGUCUUAUUGUCGCUUAUUUUUAUUACAGAUUUUAAAAAAAGUACUGAAACAGUGUGUUCUGAGCAUCACAACAUCGUCUUUUUUUAUAGAUCAUGACAGCAAGAUGUGACUUGAAUUAAUACUGGUGAAAAAAAAAAUCAAUAAAAUGUUCAUAAAUAAAUCAAACCUUUUUUAAUUA